AUGGCACUGGCAGACACGCUCGAUCAAGCAGCUAGAAAGGGCGACGAGGCGGCGGUGCGGCAGCUGCUGGCAGAAGGUGUCAGGCCGGAUCAAGCCACCGCGUACGGCUGGCUGCCGCUUCACUUUGCCAGCUUUAAUGGCCACCAGCGGGUGGCGAGGCUGCUGCUGGAGGCUGCCCCAGACACAGCCUUGGCAGUGGAUGAUUACGGCUGGACACCGCUGCACCAUUUGGGUUACCGUGGGGACAUUGAAGUGUUGAAGCUGCUGCUGUUGGCGGCACCGGCAGCAGCCACAGUGCUCGACGCGAAGAAGUGGGCCCCCAUCCACCACGCCGCCUAUCGCAGCAAUGCAGCAUCCGUGCAGCUGCUGCUGGAGGCAGCACCAGAGGUGGCUUUUGCGUUGGAUGAUUUUGGCCGCACACCGCUGCACCUUGUGCUGCUCUACGCCAACCACCGUAUGACAGAGCAAGUCGUGGAGACGGCCCGCUGCUUGUUGCGGGCGGCGCCAGCGCGCUCGACGGCCGAGGCGGGGUGGCUGGUGGGGCGGCUGGGGAAGGACCAGCGCAAGCGGCUGCGAGCAGCAGCACUCAGCCUGGUGCGCGCGCAGCACAGCAGUGCAGUGCUGCCGGCAGAGCUGAGCGGGCACAUCCUGGCGCUGUGCCUGCUGGACGCCUGA